AUGGAGAAGCAAAUCUUUUGUCAAUUCUUAGUCGUAAUGGUUCUACUGUCUUCAUCUCACAUUCAAGGAAAUCCGGGAUGUAACGAUUUCGGUAUUGAAGUUUUGUAUAAAUGUUCAAAUUCUAUGGACAAGAAGCUUCCAGCUCCUCCGAAACCAUUCGAAGAUUGUUGCACUGCUGUCCGAACCAUUGGAAUGAAAUGUGUCUGUGAAGUCAUCAAUAAAGAAAUCGAAACGGUCAUUGAUAUGCAAAAGUUCGUCAAAGUCGUUGAUGAUUGUGGUCGUCCUCUUGCUGCUGGUUCACAAUGCGGAAGUUACCGAGUUCCUGGUAUCAAUGCGGAUAUGCAAUGA